AUGCAGCUUAAAUACACGGCGAAGGAGCAGCGAGCAUGGCGUCCUCAUAUCAUCAGGAGAUGCAGGAGGUGUUCAGGAAUAACAAUAAAAGCAGAGAGUUCCCGGCUCACAGUGCUAAAGUGCAUUCGGUGGCCUGGAGCUGCGAUGGAAAGCGACUGGCGUCCGGAUCGUUUGACAAAACCGCCAGCGUGUUCGUCCUGGAAAAAGACCGACUGGUGAAGGAAAACAACUACCGAGGGCAUGGAGACAGUGUGGAUCAGCUGUGCUGGCAUCCCACCAACCCUGAUCUGUUCGUCACCGCAUCAGGAGACAAGACCAUCCGCAUCUGGGACGUACGCACCACCAAAUGCAUGGCCACGGUCAGCACCAAAGGGGAGAAUAUCAACAUUUGUUGGAGUCCUGAUGGUCAGACCAUUGCUGUGGGCAACAAGGAUGAUGUUGUGACCUUCAUUGAUGCCAAGACGCACCGUCCCCGUGCCGAGGAGCAGUUCAAGUUUGAGGUCAAUGAGAUCUCCUGGAAUAAUGACAAUGACAUGUUUUUCCUGACAAACGGAAACGGCUGUAUUAAUAUUUUAAGUUACCCUGAUCUCAAGCUCAUACAGUCAAUCAACGCCCACCCGUCCAACUGCAUCUGCAUUAAAUUUGAUCCCACGGGCAAGUAUUUUGCCACAGGAAGUGCAGAUGCGCUGGUCAGUCUGUGGGAUGUGGAGGAGCUGGUGUGUGUGCGCUGCUUCUCCAGACUCGACUGGCCUGUGCGGACGCUUAGUUUCAGUCAUGAUGGGAAAAUGCUGGCGUCAGCCUCUGAGGAUCAUUUCAUUGACGUUGCUGAAGUAGAGACGGGUGAGAAGCUCUGGGAGAUUCAGUGCGAGUCUCCGACCUUCACUGUAGCGUGGCAUCCCAAGAGACCGCUGCUGGCGUACGCCUGCGACGAUAAAGAGGGCAAAUAUGACAGCAACCGAGAGGCAGGCACCGUCAAGCUCUUUGGACUUCCCAAUGACUCCUGAGGACCAGAGUUUUCAUGUGUUCAGGCUUACUCUGCCUCAUUUGAGGUUUAAUCAAUGGUUCAUUUGAUAUACUUGCUUCUACUUGUUUUGAAGUAAAUGGUGUAAAUAAUUCAAAGAUAUUUUGAUCUUCAGCUCUCAUAUUUACUUGAGUUCCUGAAUGAUCAAGGUAUCAUUUGCAAGUAUAAAUAACUACUGCCUGCAGCUCCUCUACAGAAAUAAGAAUUAUGUUCAUCUUUUUCCAAAAACUGGCUUGUCCACAUGGAUAUAAGUCUAGUGAUGUUAUCAUAUCUGUGCAGAAGUCUUGAAAAUCAUUUGACUCGCAGUACAUGUCGUUGUUGUUGUUGUUUCCCAUAAUUGACCAUUGCCAUUUUUGUAAAAAAAAAAAAAAUAAUAAUAAUUAUUUAUGGAUUUUUUUCAUUUCAUUUUCAUCUUGACAAUCUUGUUCAAAUGCAUGACUUGUAUCUCCAGUUUUAGAAAUGACCAGCAGAGGGCAUCACAAGCUCUUGAGGAAACAAGGCAUGGCAUUGAAUAUGGGCAUUUUUAUAUGUUUGCCUUUUUUUGUUUUUUAAUAGAAAUAAACUUGAUCUACUGUUUAAGUUAAA